UGGUCGUAUUUUUAAAUUCUGAUUUUUUUAAACAGAAUAUUCUGAAAGAAUCCUUCACCAUUAAAAGAAAAAGGACACAGCAGAUGUUCAAGUAUUAAUGAGCCUUCUGGUUACUUUGUGGAGCCACAAUACCUAGUAGAAGAUUGGAGAGGUGGGCUGACUAAUCCAUGCAGACAAACGGGUGAUGGCCCUGAUGGACUUGUUAGCAGUGGUAGUGUGGGGACUGGUUGUCGUCCAGGGAGACCAGCUGAAGCAGGCCCAUGUUCCUCUACUGCCACAUCGGCCGUUUGUGGUAGUUUGGAAUGCACCCACUGAAUCUUGCCGUCUACGAUUUAAGGUGGAUCUGGACUUGAGUGUCUUUGACAUUGUUGCUAACCACAAUGAAACACUGAGUGGGCCAAACGUCACUAUCUUCUACCAUAGUCACCUGGGCUACUACCCCUACUACACCAGCUCUGGAGUUCCUGUCAAUGGAGGUCUGCCCCAAAACCAGAGCCUCAGCAAGCACCUUAAUAAGGCCAGAGCUGAUAUUGACAAGCUCAUUCCAUUCAAAGACUUCCGUGGGCUUGGUGUCAUUGACUGGGAAAACUGGCGUCCUCAGUGGGUUCGCAACUGGGGCUCCAAGGACAUCUACCGGAACAAAUCCAAGGAGCUAAUAAAGAAGACCCAUCCUGGCUGGCCACAAAGCAAAGUGGAACAUGAAGCAAAGGAGACCUUUGAGAAAGCUGGACAGGCUUUUAUGAACUCAACUCUUCUGCUGGCAGAGAGUCGCCGGCCACAUGGUCUCUGGGGCUUUUACCUGUUUCCAGACUGUUACAACUAUGGCUACAAGCAGCACCCUCAUCGCUACACAGGAGAGUGCCCUAAUGUGGAGCAUGUGCGUAAUGACCAUCUCAUGUGGCUUUGGAAGGAAAGCACAGCACUGUAUCCAUCCAUAUACUUGGACUAUGAGCUGAAGUCUUCAUCCAACACUGUUAAGUUUGUACACUAUCGUGUCAAGGAGGCCAUGAGAAUUGCUUCAAUCGCACGGAAUGACUUCACUCUGCCUGUGUUUGUGUACUCCAGACCUUUUUAUGCCUACACCUUUACUGUGCUGUCUGAGAGUGAUCUGGUCCACACCAUAGGAGAAAGUGCAGCACUGGGAGCAGCUGGAGUGGUCCUGUGGGGUUCAUCAGAGUAUGCUCGAUCUCAGAGAAACUGUCUAACAGUGAAAAAAUACAUUGACGGACCACUUGGACAUUACAUCAUCAACGUAACCUCUGCAGCAAAGCUGUGUAGCAAGGCCCUGUGCAAGAAGAACGGUAAAUGUGUACGCAAAAGUCUGGACUCUGGAGCUUACCUGCAUCUGAGCCCACGCUUCUUUAACAUUCAGCUCAACCGAGGAAGCCGCGUGCCACGCUACCACGUGAGUGGACACCUCAACCACCAUGACAUUCUGGACAUGAAGCACAAGUUUACCUGCCAGUGUUACCAGGGCUGGACGGGUAUCUACUGCGAGAUGCCGCAGCUGGCACACCCGCUGCCUCCCCGCACAAAGGAUAGUUUCCUGGUGGAGCUGCUGCUCGUGCUGUCUCUUCAUUUCUCCUGUCUGUCCGUCAUCAUGUUUCUGGGGUUCUGUCUCAUCAUCAAGUGUCUCAUCUUAUAACUUGUGCUGCUGAAGAGAAACAGCACUGGAUAUAUUCUUGGAUAUUUAGAUUUGACAUGUGGAAAUAAUGUAUCAUGAACUGUAAUAUAAACAUUCUGUGUCAGUAGUUAUUCAAAAUGUGAAAACAUUACAAAUGGAAAUGGAAAGGUUGCCUUUUAAAUGAACUCUGUAACAUGGAAAACUUUACAUCUAGUGGUACAUUCACUAACAUUCACUGACACCUCUUUAGUUAAAUGAACUGCCUAUACAAUGUGACUAUUGACUGACCAACUCAUACAUCUACAAUUGUUUGUCACUGUCCAAAUACUUUUAGCAAGGCAUCUGUGUGUGUGUGUUGUAGGGCUGUGGUCAAGACCAUAAUUGUUGAGUCCAAGACAAAUAUGACUAGUCAUGACUGAAUCAAGACCAAACUAAAGGGGGCUGAGACAAGUGGGAAUGAGAGUGAGACCGGGUGAAGAAUAAUCCAAAUCGAGUGCUUUUUGAGAGCAAGUCUUAACUAGUCUUAUCUGCUUCAAGUACAAAUUACUGCAAAAAUGUAAGGGAAACAUUUUCUUUCCUGGAAAAAAAAUUAAAAAACAACUCCAUAAAUUUAAAUAAUAAUAAAGUACCUCCUGAUCUACUUAAAAACACAAAAGUUUCAAAGCAUUAAACACCUGCUCUAAAUGACUGCACAGAAAAUGCCAACUUUGAGUGGAUGUAACCAAUGCACAAAUAAUGAAACAUGAAAAUUUUAUUAAAAGUAACAGCCUAUCUAGUUCAGUCUUAAUAGCUUAAUUAAGUCAUUUAAUUUACAUGCCUGCUUCAACGCUUCAACACUCACGUGGGCAAUGACAGUGAGACCUGGAGGGGUGUGAUUGGGAGGAAUG